AUGGUCGCACCAGCCACCCACGACGAAGUAGCCAAGGUGUUCCAUAACUGGAGCCCGCCGAUCCGCGAUCUCAUCGCCAAGUUCCCGGAGAAGCUCAUGAAGUGGGGCAUCUUUGACAUGGCGGAUCACCCGGCGCCAACGUAUGCCAGCGGUCGUGUCGCUAUCCUGGGUGAUGCUGCUCAUGCUAGCACGCCGUUCCUGGGAGCUGGGGGGGCAAUGGGUAUUGAGGAUGCGUUGGCGAUGGCGUCCGCGAUGCAGAUUGUUAGGGAUGCGGAGACCAGUGCUGCGACUAUUCCGGCGGCGCUGCAGGCGUUCAGUGCGGUGCGGCUCGAAAGGUCCCAGUGGUUGGUGCAGAGCUCGCGGGAGAUGGGUGCCAUCUUUCAGUGUCGGGAUCCUUCCGCUGGCAGUGAUGGCAACCGGUGGAGGGUGGAGGCUGAGCAGCGGACGAAGAAGAUCUGGGAGUUUGAUGUCGAUGGUAUGGUUGAGCAGAUCCGAUUGGAGUUUGAGCAACGGAUGGCGAAAGCGGCUCACCACCUCAAAGAGUUUAUGUCUUGUCCUGCAGAGUAG